CCAACCGUCGCCAGCAUCCGAAGAGUUAAACUGGCGAGCCUGUUGUUGAACGCACCAUCCAUCCAACCGGGCUGUGUCGCUAAGGGAGGGUCGGCUACUUGUGAAGAAAAGCAACAGAUCCCCAGCUGGAGAACAACCUCACAUCUGGCACUCGAGCCUGGUGUGAGAACUGGUGGAAUAUCUCAGCGCGUGAUUAAAUGCGCGACUGGAUCAUUGUGAGGCUUCAGCAUCUUGUGUGGAGAAGAGAAAAGUUGUCAGGGAUAGUUAUGGAUUUUGGCGUUGCAGAAUUUGGAUAUGAUCUGUCUUAAGAAAAGGUGAGGAGUGACACAUUACUUCAGACUACGUGGUGCAUCCGAUAGGCACGUACUGAAGCCUACGGUGCGUAAUUGGUCAAUUAUUCUGUUGCCACAAUCUUGUUUUCCACGAGCGGGAAAUAAGUUUAACAUGUGGAAGUAUUAAUUGAAAUCACAUUGUGUAAUAUAUUCGACAGAAACAUUGAAAAACACAUCCAGUGAUCCUGGCCACCGGAGUUUUGUAACAGGUGGUUUUCGUUGUGCGUCUCGGCCGCUGUUUGGAUUAUUAGGCUGUUGCUUUUUGGAUAUGCUAAAUGAGACGCACAGGUCAGUCAGUUUAAGGACUGGGGUGUGAAAUGAGGACGCACUUUGCGUUCAUUUUCUGAUUUGUUUUUUGUACGAGGGGGCAACCGCUUUUAACAGAGGGGCGAGCAGCCAGGAGGUCCCUGCUUCUCAAUGAUCAGCUCGGUGUGUGUUUCGACUUACCGGGGGCGCAAGGCGGGCAACAAACCUCCGUCUAAAACAUGUCUCAAGGAGGAGAUGUGCAGAGGGGAAGACUCGGACAAAAUUAUCAUCAACGUGGGCGGAACUCGACAUGAAACCUACAAGAGCACCCUCAGGACCUUGCCGGGGACACGGCUGGCGUGUCUGGCAGACCCGGACCCGCAGGUCAGCUCCGACUCGGACGCUGCGCCCCCGAGCGCCGAGCUCUUCUUCGACAGACACCCGGGCAUCUUCGCCUACGUGCUGAACUACUACCGAACCGGCAAGUUGCACUGCCCGGCCGACGUCUGCGGUCCGCUCUUCGAGGAGGAGCUGGCUUACUGGGGGAUUGACGAGACCGACGUGGAGCCGUGCUGCUGGAUGACCUACAGGCAGCACCGGGACGCAGAGGAGGCCCUGGAGACGUUUGAACCGCCGGACCCAGAGGCCGAGGAUGACCGAGAGAUGCCGAGGCGGUUCGGCAUCGAGGACUGUCCCGACCGGUCGAGGAGCUGCUGCGAAGUUUGGCAGCCGAAGGUCUGGGCUUUGUUUGAAGACCCGUACUCGUCCAGAGCAGCCAGGGGAGUGGCAUUUGCCUCUCUCUUCUUCAUCCUGGUGUCCAUCACCACCUUCUGCAUGGAGACCCAUGAAGCCUUCAAUGAACUGCAGAACCAUACGGAGCUGGUGGUGGUGGGCAACGUCACACGGAAAGUGGAGAGGCUGGAGAUGGUUACCAAGCCCAUCCUCACCGUUGUGGAGGGCAUCUGUGUGGUCUGGUUCACAUUUGAGUUCCUGGUGCGUAUCAUCUGCUGCCCACGCAAGUUGGUCUUCAUCAAGAACACGCUCAACAUCAUUGACUUUGUGGCCAUUCUGCCAUUCUACCUUGAGAUGGGCCUGAAGGGUCUGUCAUCCAAAGCUGCCAACAACGUGCUGGGCUUCCUCCGUGUGGUGCGGUUUGUUCGGAUCCUCCGGAUCUUCAAGCUGACACGGCACUUCGUAGGCCUCCGCGUGCUGGGCCACACGCUGAGGGCCAGUGUCAAUGAGUUCCUCCUUCUCAUCAUCUUCUUGGCACUGGGUGUGCUCAUCUUCGCCACCAUGAUAUACUACGCUGAGCGCAUCGGAGCCAACCCCAACGACCCCACAGACUUCAAACACACACACUUCAAGAACAUCCCCAUCAGUUUCUGGUGGGCGGUGGUCACGAUGACGACGCUGGGCUAUGGAGACAUGUUCCCACAGACGUGGCUAGGCAUGAUGGUGGGGGCGCUGUGCGCGCUGGCCGGGGUGUUGACCAUCGCCAUGCCGGUCCCCGUCAUCGUCAAUAACUUUGGGAUGUACUACUCGCUGGCUAUGGCCAAACAGAAGCUGCCGAAGAAGAAGAAGAAGCACAAGCCAAACACAGACGCUCCGACUGACUCGGCCUCGUUUGGGAAGUCGGAAACAAACUCUCACAGAGACAGCACUCAGAGCGACACGUGUCCGCUGGCUGCUGAGGAGAGCGUCAGCAGGAACCGCUCAGACUCCAAACAGAACGGUGAUGCAAAUGUGGCCCUUUCAGAGGAGGAAGGCUGCAGCCUGACCCAGCCGCUGUCGCCCACUGAAAAGUGGUCCCUGCGGUGCUCUCGAGGGCGAGACAAGACUAAGAAUGAGGCCACCUGCUUCCUCCUAACCCCUGGAGACCCCAACGUCCAUACUGAGGCCUGUAAAGACAUCCUCGCUGCCACUGGAAACUACGCUCAGCCGGAGGUCACCACGUUGACCUGAUGCUGAUUGGCUACGAAAAGGAGAAAGAGCGUGAGCUCUCGGUGGAGUACAUGCUGCGCUGAGCUCCUCUUUUGUCCUGGAUGAACUGCGGAAUGGAUUCUCUUUAUUCAAGACACGAUUUCUUUUAAUUUCAUUUUUUUUGUCUCUGUCAUACAUCCAAAAACCCUGUCGUAGAAAACCAGUUGCAUCGGAGAUUUACCAGAUGUACACUCAUUUGCAUGUUACAGAGCAUUUUGCAUGUGUUGCAUGAUCUACCAUGAUACAAUGUGGUGGCUACCAUUUAAUAUGUUUAUCAUUUCGUCAAUGUGUCUCAAAGUCUGAAUUAGCUUCUUGUUGGGUCCUACAUGAACACACAAGUUUCUGCCAUCGUUUGAAUAAUUUUGGUUAUUUAACAUCAUAGACUUCUGAAGUCUUGAAGUGGGCGGGGCCCAAUUGGAAAAAUAUGAUGCCAUGUAUGUCAGUGCACCAAUCAGGAUUUAGCAACAUUUGAAUUAGAUGACAGUUGGCGGGUUGUUUGGUCACUGUCAAUCAAAUCUGACCAAAUCUCACCCGUACAGUGCUGAUGAAGCAGAUUAAUAGAGUUUUCAGUCGUAAAGUUUUCAUAAAUAUUAUAAACUUAAGUUAAUAUUAUUGGUCAACUUUGACUAUUGCUUAUUUAGUCACGAAUAGUCAAUGUUGUAGAGGAAGACUUUUCAUGGGUUUUAAUCUAGAGUGAGUCUCAUUUGCUAAUGAGAUUUGUUAGCGUGAUUUUCUUUAUUUUUCACCUUUUCUAGGAGUACAGUAUGUACAGAAGUGUCAGUUUUUGAACUAUAAACAACAUAAAACUUAAUCGGCACCGGAUUAAUGUCUUUCGUCUAUAAAUGUUAACUGUCUAGUAAGAACACCCAAACACUUGUGAAUAUGUGUUUGUGCAGCAAAACUGUUACUGUGAACUAGGAAUAGAUGAGAAUUUGAAAUCAUUGUUCGAUCCUCAACCAAACAGAACCAGAAUUCUCCGUUGGUCAUCCGGUCUCUGCCUUCUGUCGUGCCACUACUCUUUAACACUGACCACAGGGACACAGCUUGUCCCCAGAGUGGUAUGAAUGCUGCUCAGGCAACACAUUGUUUGUAAAUCCUUGUACAAUAAGAGUUUAACAAAAGAAAAACAAUCAAUUGAGCAGCAUUGUUUGUCUGUUACAUUAGCUGUAUACAAUGAAGGCAUCACUGCUGGUUGAGUCAGGACCAAAUGUAGAUUCUAUUAGAUUACAUUGUAGAUUUUUAGUACUAUCAUUAGUAUAAAAAUAAAAUAUAUACAGUGCAAUGCCAUCUGUUCCAUGUGUGGCUCAUGUUGAGUAAUGGAGCUUAAAUGUGUGCAGUAAUGUAAUUUGUACCUUAACACUUCUGGUUGUGUCGGAUCUGUAGAAACCCUGUUACAUGUUUCAGCAGAGGAAGAAGCAGCAGGAGUGUGGUUUCUUUCACUUGUGACUUAUAAUAUAUUCAUGGUCUACCAUAGUGGCCUUAUGUUUAACAAACAAAGGGAAAGUUCAUUUCAUCUUCAUUAGAGCUCAUCUUCAGCUCCGUUUCUAUGACCCAGAGGUCUGUAAUUAUAUAUAAGCACAGUUGUACGUAUGUAGCACAUGUCGAAUAUUCUGGAUCAUUCCUUCAACUCUUUUCUCUUCUUUAUAUGUCACGUUUAUGCACCAUGAAAUAGACGUUGGCCAAUAAGGAAGCAUUAUUAUUUUGAUAAUUAACCUGUUUCGCCUCAUUUCCUGUUUUCCCUGUUGUAAACUCGAAUGUGAUUGAGAAGCACACUCCGUUUCAUAUCUCCCCAUUAUGGAUUGUAUAGGUGUGAUGCAAGUCCAACUGCCAGAUGUGUGUGCAUGUGAUGUUGUAUCAUGUAGGCAUGUGUUUUCUAUGCAGAAAUAGAAAUAAAAUCCACCCCCAACCCCCCUGGUGUUGAAGAUAAGAUCUUGUCAUUUCUGUACAUUUGUAUUUUCAUUCACAUCUUGCGUUAUGGAAUCUGCCUUUUGUCCCCCAUUACCUGCACAGUGUGGGGGUGUGUAUCUCUCUGCUGCUGCUGUGUCACCUACUGUACGGCUGUUUAUAGUGGUGUAGUCUGGUGGCCUGGUGGCUUGUCUGGUGUAACAGCAGUCACAGCCUCCUGCUCUCCUGCGCCUCCAUGAUUAUGUACCAAAGGUGUAGAUGGCAUACAGAACCUGUCACCAUGGAGAUUUGGGAUGACAGGCAACACUAAUUACUGCUUGGCUGCUUCCGUCUCCCCCUCCUUCUGUCUUUCACAGGCAAAGAAACACCACUCACUCUCACUCUCUCUCUCUCUCUCUCUCUCUCUCUCUCUCGCUCUCUCUCUCUCAUGCACACACAUACAUACUCAGCUCAGCGUGAUCAUCAUGACUGUUGUUGCCCAUGAAGAACGUUUUGAUGUCUAGGGAUGUAUUGUGCAGUGCUCUGUGGCGAUGCAGGGAGGGAGGGGGGG